CCGGGCCGAGCCCCGUGAAGCUCAUGGCGGGGCCGCGGGGUGCGUUGCUGGCCUGGUGCCGCCGCCAGUGCGAGGGCUACCGCGGCGUGGACGUCCGCGACCUGAGCAGCUCCUUCCGGGACGGCCUGGCCUUCUGCGCCAUCCUGCACCGGCACCGGCCGGACCUGCUAGAUUUUGAGUCACUUUCCAAGGACAAUGUCUUCGAGAAUAACCGUUUGGCCUUUGAAGUGGCUGAGAAGGAGCUGGGGAUCCCUGCUCUCCUGGACCCCAGUGACAUGGUCUCUAUGAGUGUUCCCGACUGCCUCAGCAUCAUGACCUACGUGUCCCAGUAUUACAACCACUUCGCCAGCUCUGGCCAAGCCGGUGUCUCAUCAGCCAGAAAGGGCCUGGUACCUUCCUCCCCACCAUCCGAAGCAUCUACUCCAGUGGAACCAGGAGAUAGGGCUCAGGGUGAGGAGCUCUCUUCCGGCCACCUGUUGGAGCAGGGUGCCCACCGGACCCCCAGCAGCACGUGUGCGGCCUGCCGGCAGCACGUGCACCUGGUGCAACGUUACCUGGCCGAGGGCAAGCUGUACCACAGGCACUGCUUCCGGUGUCGACAGUGCUCCAGCACCCUGAUCCCUGGGGCUUACAGGAGGGGACCCGAGGAGGGCACCUUCGUGUGUGCAGAGCAGUGCGCCAGGCUGGGCCCAGGGGGGCGGUCAGGGGCCAAGCCCUGGUCCGCCCCGCAGCCAAAGCCACAGCAAGAAGAAGCAAAAGAAGCAGCAGAAGAAGCCAAGGAUGUGGAGGGAGGCGGCCUCAGCCCUAGUGCGGCUGCAGGCGCUGAGGUGGACGCGCCCAAGACUAGCCCAGAGGCCCGGCCCCAGAUUCCCACCAAGCCCCGGGUUCCGGACAAACCACAGGAGCUGGCCAGCCCCCCGGCCGGUCGCCCCACGCCUGCCCCCAGGAAGGCCUCCGAGAGCACAGCCUUGACACCCCCCACGCCCCGGCCCCGGUCCAGUCUGCAGCCUGAGAACUUGGUGGAGCAGGGUGGCAGCAGCGGCCUGGUGAAUGGAAGGUUGCACGAAACCCCCGUCCCCAAGCCGAGAGGGACGCCCAAGCUGUCAGAGAGGACUCCAGCCCCCAGGAAGGACCCCCCAUGGAUCACUCUGGUACAGGCAGAGCCAAAGAAGAAGCCAGCUCCCCUGCCCCCAAGCAGCAGCCCUGGGCCUCCAUGCCAGGACAGCAGGCAGGUACAGAAUGGAGGCAUGGAGGAGGUGGCCCCGAGGAGCCUGGCGGUGGCUGGCCUAGAGCCCCAGCCCUACAACCCCUUUGAGGAGGAGGAGGAGGAGGAGGAGCCCCCCGCUGCACCCAGCCUGGCCACUGGCGCUGCUCAGGCCCCCUCGGAGUCCACACCCAAGUCCUUGCACCCCUGGUACGGCAUCACCCCUACCAGCAGCCCCAAGACAAAGAAGCGCCCUGCCCCCCGAGCGCCCAGCGCGUCCCCACUCGCUCUCCAUGCCUCCCGCCUGUCACACUCGGAGCCACCCACGGCUACCCCAUCACCAGCCCUCAGCGUGGAGAGCCUGUCAUCCGAGGGCUCCAACCAGACCCCCAGUGCAGAGCUGCUGGAGCCUCCAGUUGUGCCCAAGAGCUCCUCAGAGCCUGCUGUCCAUGCCCCUGGCACUCCUGGGACCUCUGCCAGCCUCUCUGCCAAUUCCUCCUUCUCCUCCUCUGGGGAGCUGGUGCAGCCCAGCAUGGACCGGACACCGCAAGCCAAUCCUGGCCUUGCCCCCAAUACGAGGGGCAGCUCUGGUCCCCAGCCUGCUAAGCCCUGCAGUGGAGCUGCCCCCACGCCUCUCUUGUUGGUUGGAGACAAGAGCCCCGUGCCUUCCCCUGGAACCUCAUCCCCACAGCUCCAGGUAAAGUCUUCCUGCAAGGAGAAUCCUUUUAACCGGAAGGCGUCACCCACAGCGUCCCCAGCUACAAAGAAGGCCAUCAAGGGAUCCAAGCCAGCGAGGCCACCUGCCCCAGGACAUGGCUUCCCGCUCAUCAAGCGCAAGGUCCAGGCUGACCAGUACAUUCCCGAGGAGGACAUCCACAGAGAAGUGGACACCAUUGAGCGCCAGCUCGAUGCCCUGGAACACCGUGGGGUCCUGCUGGAGAAGAAGCUGCGUGGCGGAGUGAAUGAGGGCCGUGAGGACGACAUGCUGGUGGACUGGUUCAAGCUCAUCCAUGAGAAGCACCUGCUUGUUCGGCGGGAGUCCGAGCUCAUCUAUGUCUUCAAGCAGCAAAACCUGGAGCAGCGUCAGGCGGAUGUGGAGUAUGAGCUCCGAUGCCUUCUCAACAAGCCAGAAAAGGAGUGGACAGAGGAGGACCGGGGCCGGGAGAAGGUGCUGAUGCAGGAGAUUGUGACUCUCAUUGAGCAGCGCAAUGCCAUCAUCAACUGCCUGGACGAGGACCGGCAGAGGGAGGAAGAGGAAGAUAAGAUGUUGGAAGCCAUGAUCAAGAAGAAAGAGUUCCAGAAGGAGGCUGAACCCGAGGGCAGGAAGAAGGGGAAGUUCAAGACUAUGAAGGUGCUGAAGCUGCUAGGAAAUAAGCGUGACACUAAGAGCAAGUCCCCCGGGGACAAGAGCUAACAAUGAGGGGCCAUCCACCCACACCCUCCUGGCGCAGCCCCUGGGCUGGGCUCCGCUGGACGGGGGGCACCCUGCUUCCCUUGAGGACCAGUCGAGAGGAAAGAUGACUUAAGGAGAGGGAACCUCGGGGUGACGGCCUCUCCCUCCUCAGGGCCCUCUGGCUGGUUGGGCCAAAGACUUUUCUUCUCUUCUCUGAGCCACAGGCAGUUGCGGCUUGGCCCUGCCCAGUCUGGUUCCGAUGACUCUAGAUGCUGUAACGGAGCAAGCAGGGUCCUGGGUCCCGGGAGUGGCCGCGGCCAAGCACACUCACUCCCGCCCGGCCCUUGCUGGGAUGGGCAGCUCUGGCUGCUUCCGGUCCCGGCCCUGGCCUUGAGUUCCUGUCCUCCUCUGCAGGGCACACGGCACUGAGUCUGUUUCUCCUCCGUCAGGAGCUGUAUUUAUGAAGUCCCUGAUUCCGUGUGGGCUAGUUACUGUGUCCUCGGACACGAAUGGGCCUGAUGGACAAACGCCUCCCUCUCUCCCUUGAAGUUCUAGGAGCUGCUUUCCCCAUCUUCCCUUGCUUUGUAGGAAAUCUCACCAGGACAGGGGGCUGUGAUGGCAAUGCUGGGUGGGUGGGUGCCCUAGUGCUGAGUCUCCAAGGAGGGUCUCCGGGAGGCAGGCCCCCGUUACAUGUCUGGUCCCUGAUCAUCAGCUGAGGCGGGUAUGCUUUACAUAGGUGCUAAUCCUGGUUCUUCAACGCACUGUAGUCUGACCCCCGCGCUGCCCGCCCCAGGGUGAGGGCAUGAUGGGCCCACUCCUAUGUGUGGUCGUCACCAGUCUGUUUCCUCACACUCGUCUGUUCAUUCUUUCCUGACUUGUUCCCAUCGAAGGACUGAUGGCCACUCGCCCCACUGGGAUGGCUGUGGGAGAGGAGGAGCCACCGGGGACAACGCCUUUUCUCUAGGGACUGGGCCCAGCAGCCCUUGGUCGAAGCACUGUUACUAUAAGUUAUUGCUGGGGCCCCUGUAGGGCCCCCUUCCCUCAGCACACUUCUGGGGAAAGAGCGUACUGUAUUAACUCAUGAGGAUUUUCCUUAGCAACAAUAAAUGGAGGCCACCUCAUUGCCAGUGCCCUGCAGACUUGGGGUGCUUUUCCCUUGGCCAGGUCUGCCUUCCCUCCUGCCUCUGCUGUGCCUCGUGGCUGAGGAGGGGCCAGUAGGGGCCGUCCACUGAUAGGGGCCCUGGCCCUCACUGCUAUCCAUCGGCAGGACUCCCCACCUCUGCAGGGAGAGGUGACCCCUGCACCGCUGUGACCCCUGGCGGUCUCCUGCCAAACGUGCCUGUUGACCUGCAGCGGGGGUCACCACCUCCAGGGCCUUUCAGGGGCCAGGACACAUGAACCAGGCUGGGUGUCCCCUGAGGGAUGGCUCCAUCAGGCUGUCUCGGUGUCAGGAGACUCAGGUGGCGGGGACUAGGGUGAACUGGGGUGUGUUUAUGCCAUAACCAAAGAGGGAAGUUCUUCUUCAAGUCAACUGGAGCCUGUGGGAGUGUGACCAAGUGUUGUCAGAUCUUUGCAUUUUUCAAAAGAAGCUAGAAAUCCA